CGGCCCCGCCCCGCGCGGGCGGUGCCCGGAGCCCGUCCCCCCGCGGCGGCGGCGGCGGCGGCGGGUGUAUGACCGCGGCGGCGGGCAGGGGGCGGGAGGUGGCGCGGGGGGGAGCUGGCGGCAGCGGCUGGAGUGGAGGGAGCUGCGAGCGCCGGGCGGCGCGGGGGAACAUGGGGGAUGUGCAGUUAACCCUUAUAAAAUCCUGUUCUUCAGCAGUCAGUCAUCCGAAUUCGAUCUUGCAGCCUAGGACAAUGGCACAUAAGCUGGAAGACUUCUUGGAUACCUGUGAAAGAUGGUGGAUCGCUUGGCAAACAGUGAAGCAAAUACAAGACGAAUAAGUAUAGUGGAAAACUGCUUUGGAGCAGCUGGUCAACCUUUGACUAUUCCUGGUCGCGUUCUGAUCGGAGAAGGAGUAUUAACAAAGCUUUGUAGGAAGAAACCCAAAGCAAGGCAGUUUUUUCUGUUCAAUGACAUUCUUGUUUAUGGUAACAUUGUCAUCCAGAAGAAGAAAUACAAUAAACAGCACAUAAUUCCAUUGGAAAAUGUCACUAUUGAUUCCAUCCAAGAUGAGGGAGACUUACGGAACGGGUGGCUUAUCAAGACACCAACAAAGUCUUUUGCAGUUUAUGCUGCCACUGCUACAGAGAAGUCUGAGUGGAUGAACCACAUAAAUAAGUGUGUUUCUGAUUUGCUUUCCAAAAGUGGGAAGACUCCUAGUAAUGAACAUGCAGCUGUCUGGGUACCAGACUCGGAAGCCACUGUGUGCAUGCGCUGUCAGAAAGCAAAAUUUACGCCUGUCAACCGUCGUCACCACUGUCGCAAGUGUGGCUUUGUCGUGUGUGGGCCUUGCUCUGAAAAGAGAUUUCUUCUGCCAAGCCAGUCUUCCAAGCCUGUGCGAAUUUGUGACUUCUGCUAUGAUCUUCUAUCUACUGGGGAGAUGACUGCUUGUCAGUCUGCUAGAUCAGACUCCUACAGCCAGUCACCUAAAUCCCCUUUAAAUGAUGUCUCUGAUGAUGAUGAUGAAGACAGUAGCGAUUAAGGACCAAAAUAUUUUUUCCCCGUGUUUUGCAAUUGGUGUUUCAAACCACAUGGAGCUGCUUUUAGGGGAAGCCUAUAGUCAGGUUCCUCAAAAAAAAAAAAAAAAAAAAAAAUCUGUUCUAGCCAUAAAAUAUGCCUGCAUAUCUUCAGCUAUGAUGUGCCUCAAUCUACAAAUUCUCUAGACUGUAGAUUUUUCACUCCUCUGCAGGGAUAGACUGUUGCCAAUGUUAUCAGAUAAUUUUCUAGCUUCUUAUACUUGAGUUAUGUCUAGGUUACACUUUUGUGGAAGAUUGGAAAAUAUAUUGUACUUUCUUAAUUUAACAACCCAUACUUCCUUAAGUUUUGUUAUGUUGUUAUGUGGGUUUUCAGGAUAUGGGGAGGAAAAAUGUAAACAUGUGAAACGGUCAUAAAUAUUUUUGUGAACCCCAUAAAACUAUUUGUUUUUUCUGACCAUGCUACAUAGUUAUAAAUUGAAAUGUGACCUAAUGACAAACUUAAAUGUCACAAAACUUGGGAAUUAUCUUGUUCUGCUGUUAUUUAUGACUUCCUAUACCAAGCAGUGCCUUGCAACAGUUGUGCUGAUUCAGGAAGAAACAAACCUAUUAUUAUAUAUGUAAUCUGUAUUUGCCUGAUGCUGGUAUCUGAGAGAUUGUUGGUGCUAUUGAAAAUAACUGCUGUGUUCAAAAUGGGAUUUUGAAAAAAUCGUAUCUGUAUACCCGCAGUGGGUGACUAAGACUUAAAUCACGUGUCCUCAUCUGUACAGGCAGACCCAAAGACUCUGCAAAUUCCCACAGGCUUCAAUGGGGCUUUCUUUGCUGGAGUUGCAUUGCAACCCCUGAACCAGGGUUGGGAUCUUAAGAUGAGAAGUUUGGUGUGACUUUCGUAGGGAUAUAUACAUCUUCUUUACAAAGUAGUUUAUAAGUUUCAAAUAGUAAUUUGGCAAAUGCAUGCUGAAACUUCAGUAGGGUGGCAUAGCAUUUUGCUGUGAUAGCUUAUGUUUUUGGAAUUACUUCCCAAAUGCAACACUAACUUGUUUUUUAAAACAUUAAUGAGAGAGUGUUUUUGUCAGGAGCUUAUGUUGGCUUGUUUAAAAAUAACCUCAAGUUUUGAACAAACAUCUUGCAAAUAUUCUUAUAGAAUUGGCUUUCCUUUCUACGCAGCUGACCUCAGGAUAAAUGUGAGAUGCAAGUUAUUUUAUUCUAAGUGUAUACCCAGGACCAAGAAAGAUGUAUCUAAGAACUAUAAAAUAGUCAGUGCAGAAAAAGUCUAGUAGAGUAUUCAUUUUACUUUUAAUAAGUUGUUGAAUACAAAAGUGUCAUGUUUCCUAUAUAGAUGUUAAAAGUUAGACUUGUAAAGACUUGUUAAACCCUCAAAUGCUAUGUUUCUAUAUUUUAUAAUGGUAGUAGUCAAUUUUGAAGCAGAAAAACCUCUUUGAAAUAAUUGUAUGGAAGUAUAGUAGCAACUGACUUUAUUAAAAAAAAUUGUUAAACUUUUGUAGACCUUUAAGUGACAAUUUCUGCACUGUUUGCCUUGGUUGGCAAUAAUUCGGUUAAAUAUUUAUUGAAUAAACAAUCAAUGCUGCAUAUUGCACUAGUCUCCCAUUUUGUACACUGUCAGUCAUGUUUUUUUUUUAACAAAAGAAAAAAACAAAACAAAAAAAGGCAAAGCACUUCAAAGUUAUAGCCUUCAGAGAGUUCUCCAGUAGCUGAAGAUGCACCUAGCAUCUUUAGGGAGGCACUCUACAUUAAUAGGCCGCAAUAUAUUGCUUCAGGUGAAAAUUGCAUUCAUAUGAUUGGGCAAGAAAUUCCAAAAUAUAAUUUCUUUUAAAAAGGACUAAAGAGUGUUUGAUCUGCUUUGAAACAAGCAUAAAAAAGGGAAAACACUUUGUGAUAGAGACUAGGGACCAGGAAGACUUUAAGAUUUUCAGAUAAGCAAUAAACAGUUGUAUAUACUCAAAGACUAGGUAAAGUAAGUAGUUGUAUAUACUCAUUCCUUGAAAGACAGGGAAAUGAUGAGCUGCAGAGGAUGGGAAAUAGGCUAUUCUGAGAAGUCAUUUUCAAUUAAUAGUGCUCACAUAUUGUGCCUCUGUUUCUCCAAAGCAGGUUUUAUAUUUCAGGAAUGGAGACUAAGCUCGUUAGCUUCAGCUUUUCUACAGAGUGGGAGCAUGGACUUUCCAUGUGCACAUGUCCUAAUGACUAACAGCAACGUACUUCCUGAUACAAUUGUUUCCUCUUUCUUAAGCUGUCAAAUAUUAACUUGUCUUGUUAAAGAUUCCAUCUUUUUGUGUACUUUUCCCAGUGUUUCUGUAUGUUGUGCUUGCUUUUGGGCACUUUUUGGGGGGGAUGGGAAAAAAGUUGGAGAGAGUUAGAGCACAUCCUCUGUUUCUGCGGUAUGUUCUUGUACCUACUUCAAAUAUCUGUUGUUACCUGUGAAUGAAACUUGCACUGUGCCGCACUGAUCCCUGAAGCUGUAACCAAACCAACGUUUGUAUGUGCAUGGGGGGAACGUUUCAUCCGAAAAUGAUGUAUGUGGUCCAAGCUUGUUGAGAAAGUAUUAAAAAACUGUGUUUUCCGGUAAUAUUCAUAUCCCUCGGUGGUGUUUGCUGAAACUUCACAAAAUGGACUGAACAUCAGCUUCUCUUGUGUACUUUCAGAUUCUUGAAAGGGCUGAGUUCAUACUUUGUAAUCUUAUUUUGUCAAAUUAUUUUUCUUUACAAAUAUAUGGUGUAGCUUCAAGCCUA